CACACAACACAUUUCGCAAUUCGACAAUCACUGUUUCACCACAAUUUUAUUUUAUUGUCAAACACCAACUAAAAACAACGCACGAUGGAAAAAUCCAAAAAAUGAAUUCACUUUUAAUUUCGUUAUCCGUUUUGAUAACAUUGUCUCAAACAAAAGAUCUUGUAGAUAACGAUCAGUACUUAAGAACAGGGCAAAAGGCAGCAGUUUUACUAGAAAAAUAUGGAGAUCCCAAUUUAAUAAGCAAAUAUCUACAGAAAAAGACUGAUAGAGAUGAUUUUGAUAAUUUAAUCGCCCGAAAUAAAGCUAAAACGCUAAAGAAAGUACGGGAUCCAAUUAAAAGAUUUAACGAAGUCAAUAAUGUAGCCACGAAGUCAAAUUUAAGAUUUGGGUACCAUUUAGACCCUAUACUUAAUAAGGUGAGGAGACAGGGGCAGUAUUUAUCUGACUCGGGGAGCUCGAGCAGGGAGUUUAAAAACUGGAAAGAGGAAUGGAAGGAAAAGUGGAAUAAGAUAAAAGUGGAAACGAAGAAUUAUUCAACCCGUAUUGAGGGCGAUGUUGUUAAUAUGGCGGCGGCAAGACCGUGGGGCGUCCCGUGCGGCGACCCUAGCCAACACGACAUGCCCUGGGGAUCCUGCGUGCUGCCCGUAGAAUGCAACGCCGAAUACAGAAUCUACAAAGGUGACUACUUCUGCGGACGCACUCAGUGGGUAUGCUGCUCCUUGAAUUUCCACACCUACGACUUGUACCAAGGACUUUCCGUGUCCCUUGAAGAAUCCAGCAUGGAGAGCGACAGCGCUGCGGAACGGGAAAGAGGCAAGAAAAAAACCUCAUCAGAACGACGCAAACGAGCCGAACGCAGAAGGAAACGACGCAAGAGAUUGAGAGAAGAACGAAAACGUAAGAUCAAGCGAGCCAUCAAAAAAAUCAUCAAGGAGGUUCGCAGAAUCCUUAACAGAGGUUACAAAAAUAGCACCAAAAUCCGAAAGAAAAAGACAAAGACUAUGAAGCAAUUUCUCAAAUUUCUCAAAAGACAGUAUAGGUUGGAUCGAGAGUCAGCCAAGGACAUACAUGAGAUGCAGAUGUUGAAAGUUGACCAAGAGUUCAUGGACAAAUUGGAUGAAAUCAAAGAGGUGAACCGUGAUUUCAUGACCAACGCCACGUUUAGGAACAUAAUUGUCAAUAAGACAAUGACGUUUAGGGCUGCGAAGAUGUUGGCGGAGGCGUAUCCCGAGUUGCAGGGGUUCUUGCCGAAGGAGUUCAUGAAGGGGGACUAUACCCGGCAGAGAAGCGCCCGUCGGAGCUGGACCUCUCGGCCUCGGAGAGGACACGCUCGGCCUAGAGGCACGCGUUUGAGAGGGGGAAUUGUAAUUCCACCAAAACGUGGCAAUCGACGGAAAUAUCGUGACUAUGAUGUCGAAUUUGGGUUGUUGUAUAGUUGAAUAAAUAGCGAGUGGUUUGAAAAA